UCUAGCGUUGCGCUAUAUAAAGCAGAUCCGAUCUGGUCGCCAAUCAUCGUUACAACCGAGAAGAGACCAGGCCAAAGGAAAACAAAUCUUAUCUUAAAACUUCGAAGCCAUGGGUCUGCAGGAGGAAUUUGAGGAGUAUGCUGAGAAGGCGAAAACCUUGCCCGACAGCACGAGCAAUGAGAACAAGCUGAUCCUUUAUGGACUCUACAAGCAGGCCACUGUUGGAGAUGUGAAUACCUCUCGUCCUGGCAUAUUCAACCAGAGGGAAAGGGCCAAGUGGGAUGCAUGGAAGGCUGUUGAAGGAAAAUCCAAGGAAGAGGCAAUGAGUGACUACAUCACCAAGGUGAAGCAGCUCCAGGAGGAGGCUGCUAGCUCUUAAGUCUCUUAAUUGUGACUACAUCACCAAUGAGUGACCACAUCACCAAACAGCUCAGAUGAACUCCUAUGCCAUCUGACGAUGAAAACUAGGUCAUUUGAUCCACUGGGGAUGUGAAACAUGUACCUGUUUAUGUAUUGUUUGCCUAAGUUUUCCAUCCAUCCAUCUAUCCGUGAAGACUUUUAAUCUUCUGUUUUUAUGAUAUCUGCCUGUGUGAUACUGAG